CAGAGAAAGCCAAUAAUUAAAAAACCAAAAAAAAAAAAGAUAACCCUCUCAGUUUCAUUACCAAUGACUUCACGAUUGGUUCUACGAAUGUUCUUGAUGAUAUCUUGUCUCUGCCCAUCGUUUCAACAAGAGCCACCGUUUGUCUACAACGGCUUCGACCAAGCAGGUAACAAUCUCCACCUCGACGGCGGUGCAAGAAUCCUCCCACACGGCGGUGCCCUGCAACUCACAAACGAUACUCUUCGCCAGAUGGGUCACGCUUUUCUCCAGCAGCCGAUCGAUUACAACUCAUCCGAACCAGUCUCCUUCUCAACACAUUUCGUCUGUGCACUUCUCCCUGCUGGUUAUGCGAGCGGACACGGCAUGGCGUUCGUCGUCUCUCAAUCCACAGAUUUCAGCCACGCCGAGCCGACUCGGUUCUUCGGUAUCUUCAACACAUCUUCGAACGAAUCCACCCCCGCGCGCGUGCUGGCGAUAGAGCUAGAUACCUCUCUAGCUCCGGAGUUGAAAGACAUCAGUGAUAAUCAUGUCGGGAUUGAUGUGGAUAGCGCCGUGUCUAAACUAUCAGCCAACGCUUCUUAUUUUUCAGACAAGGAAGGUAGGAGCAUAGAGAUAAAGCUCUUGAGUGGAGAUCCUAUUCAGGUUUGGGUUGAUUACCAAGGAACCACGCUCAACGUUACAUUGGCACCUCUUAAAACGGAGAAGCCGAGCCGACCUCUUUUGUCGUCAGCUUCCAUCAAUCUUACAGAGAUUGUGCAAGGUAGAAGAAUGUUCUUCGGGUUCUCCGGUGCAACCGGGUCGAUCAUGAGCUACCAGUACGUACUCGGAUGGAGUUUCAGCAAAACCAUGGCGACGCUGCAGAGCAUUGACAUCUCAAAGCUUCCCAAAGUUGAUCAUCCUAGUAAUAAACAUGAGUCAUCUCCUCUGGUGCUGGAUGCUCUCCUUAGUUUAAUAGCUUGCUUAGUUUUGGGGCUCCUUGUUGGAGUUUAUAUGUAUAGGAGGAACUUGUACGCUGAAGUAAGAGAGGAAUGGGAGAAGGAGUAUGGUCCGCUCAGGUACUCCUACAAGUCUCUAUACAAAGCAACAAAAGGUUUUAGUAAGAAUGAGUUUCUUGGGAGAGGAGGUUUCGGCGAAGUCUACAGAGGAACACUCUCUAAGAGCAGAGAAGUGGCUGUGAAGAGAGUAUCACACGAAGGAGAGGAAGGUAUGAAGCAGUUUGUAGCUGAGAUCGUCUGCAUGAGGAGUUUAAAACACCGGAGCUUGGUUCCGCUUCUCGGAUACUGCAGGAGGAAACGCGAGUUACUCCUGGUAUCCGAGUACAUGCCAAACGGUAGCCUUGACCAUUACUUAUUCGAUCAUAGUAUAACCUCUCUCCCCUGGUGGAGGAGACUUGCGAUUGUCAAAGACAUUGCCUCGGCGCUUAGUUACUUACACACGGAAGCUGACCAAGUUGUUAUACACAGAGAUAUCAAAGCUGCUAACGUCAUGCUGGACGCUGAGUUCAACGGAAGGCUGGGAGAUUUCGGUAUGUCGAGGCUAUACGACAGAGGGGCUGAUCCGACCACGACGGCUGCGGUGGGAACCGUUGGUUACAUGGCGCCUGAGCUUAUAACGAUGGGACCAUCCACUGGAACUGAUGUGUAUGCGUUUGGUGUUUUCUUGCUUGAAGUAACUUGCGGGAGGAGGCCUGUGGAAUCCACCUUGUCUGCUGAGAAACGGUUUCUGGUCACUUGGGUUUGUGAUUGUUGGAGAAGGUCUUGUUUGGUUGAUGCUAAAGAUCCGAGGCUGAUAGAGUUCUCAUCUGGUGAAGUCGAGAGGGUUCUGAAACUUGGUUUGUUAUGUGCUAACCUUGUCCCGGAUGCAAGGCCGACGAUGGAACAGGUUGUGCAGUAUGUGAAUGGAAACAUGGCUUUGCCGGAGUUUUGGCCACAUUCUCCAGGGAUUGGUGUUCUAACUCCAAUGGCGCUUUCGCCAGCAAGGCUAACGAUACCUUCACCUUCACUGUCGUCGUCCUCCAACAACUCUAUGUUUGUUACUCACUCGGUGGUCUAUGGGAGCGGACGAUGAAAGUUUUACGAUUACUUUGCUAAAAUAUUUGUAAAGAAAGUUGUUGCCAGUCCCAGUUACACAUCUAAAGCCAGUCAAACAUCAUAGAUCUUUAAAUCAUGAACUUUGUCUGAGAUACUUUCAUCAGUAUUUGUUCAGUACUUGGGAAUGAGUAAACCGAUUGUAUGUUUUGCAAUGAGAAAGCUGAUACAUAAUCUUGUUAUG